AUGGAUCCACAGUGGCAGCAAUAUCCCUCCGCGAACUCGCCUGGCUCCUCGAGACGACACAACGGCAAUACCCAAGCCCCUCGAGACUACACCAACCAGCCCCCGCCUCAAGGCGGAUACAAAUACGACCAGUUCCACGGCGGCGCCCCCGUCCAUUCUGCUGCUCCGCCUGCUUCUGCUCCUGUUGGUAACCCCAACUCAGCCGCAUCUCCAAUCUCACCUUCGCAGAUACGCGACGGCAACGGUGACGUCGCUAUGCACGAUGCUCAUGAUGCUCAUGCUGGUAUCAAGUACCCCAUGAGGCCCCUUCAUCAAGCUCACAUGUCGGGCAGCCGCCCUGUCAACCUCCACUCACCUCAAGAGUCUUCUUCCGUCGCUCAACGAUACUCGCCCAUGGAGGCCCUGUCCCCCACUUCCCCUUACGCGCCCAAGUCGGCUUCAAACAGCCAGUUCACAAGCCCGACCUCCCAGCGACAGUCGCCUACACGCCAGCCUGAUUAUUCUCAAUCUCCAUAUUUCCCCGGCGCCCGCCAACACCAGCAAAGCCAGCACCUUCCUCCUAUCAACCCUUACGCGUCCGCCAGUCAACAGGAAAAUUAUCCCUCUUCCGCUGUCGGCAAUCUCGAUGCUGCUUUUAACCUGGACCCCAAGUCUCCGAGACGGCCUGUGCCCCAGCAAGUGACAAGGGGCCCAGUACCCGAGUUCAAGCAACUCUCCUCGCCCGCAGAUCUGCAACCCAAGGUCAAUUCACAGCCUGCGUUCCGUCGCGCCAACCCUGAAGGCGGUUUCAUCAGCCCUCUCCAAGCUCUUACUGUUCAAUUACCUGCCACUUAUCGCAUCUGUAACCCUAGCUUCAAAUAUGAGUCGUCGCGCAAUCCUCGCAGAGUCUUGACCAAGCCCAGCAAGGGCACCAAGAACGAUGGCUAUGAUAACGAAGACAGUGACUAUAUCCUCUACGUCAACGACAUUCUUGGAUCUGAAGAGGCCGGCCACAAAAACCGUUACCUCAUUCUGGAUGUCUUGGGUCAGGGUACUUUUGGGCAAGUCGUGAAAUGUCAGAAUCUCAAGACACAAGAAGUAGUGGCUGUCAAGGUCAUCAAGAACCGUACUGCCUACUUCAAUCAGAGCAUGAUGGAGGUUUCGGUCCUCGAUUUGCUCAAUACGAAACUUGACAAGAACGACGACCACCAUUUGUUGCGGCUUAAAGACACUUUCAUUCAUCGCCAACAUCUCUGCUUGGUCUUUGAGCUCCUUAGCGUCAAUCUUUACGAGCUUAUCAAACAGAACCAGUUUAGAGGACUCAGCACUACUUUGGUUCGCGUGUUUGCCCAACAGCUUCUCAACGGUCUCGCACUGCUUAACAAGGCUCGUUUGAUACAUUGCGAUUUGAAGCCUGAGAACAUUCUUCUCAAGAACCUCGAAAGUCCCAUCAUCAAGAUUAUUGAUUUCGGUUCAGCCUGCGACGAGCGACAAACAGUGUAUACCUAUAUUCAAUCUCGAUUUUACAGGUCUCCUGAGGUUUUACUUGGUCUCCCUUAUUCUUCAGCCAUCGAUAUGUGGUCCCUUGGAUGCAUUGUGGUGGAGCUGUUCCUGGGACUUCCCUUGUUUCCAGGAUCUUCUGAGUAUAAUCAGGUCUCGCGAAUUGUUGAAAUGUUGGGCAACCCCCCGAACUGGAUGAUCGAGAUGGGCAAGCAGGCGGGCGACUUUUUCGAAAAGCGACAAGAUGAGUUCGGAAGACGGACAUACCAGCUUAAAUCCAUGGAACAAUAUGCCCGAGAACGUGGCACCAAGGAACAGCCUAGCAAGAAGUACUUCCAGGCCAACACCCUUCCCGAGAUUAUCAAGUCCUACCCUAUGCCUAGGAAGAACAUGAAGCAGAGCGAGAUAGAUAGAGAAAUGAACAACCGCAUCGCGUUUAUUGACUUUGUCCGCGGCCUUCUUACAAUCAACCCUCUCGAGAGGUGGUCUCCCCAGCAAGCCAAGCUUCAUCCGUUCAUCACACAACAGAAGUUCACUGGACCUUUUAUACCACCCAUGAAUCUCAAGUCUAGCUCGCUGAAUAGGUCUCCAGCACCUGGCACCCAGCAACAGCAACAGGCCGAAGCACUUAGCAAGCAGCGGGCUCAAGCGGCAGCAGCUCAACACCAAGCACAACAGCAGGCUGCUUCGGCUGCUCCUACCCCUUAUGUUAACCAGUACGCGCCUCAAGGUCAUGCGCAACCGCAGAUAUACGGAAACAACUCAAUGUAUUCUCCCGGAGGCAACCACGCCAACAUGCCAUCGGCAUACGGCCAGCAACAACAACACGGGCAGUAUGGACAAAUGGUUAUGUCCCAACCGUCUCAGCAGAUGCCUCAGGGGCAAUAUGCACAAAUGCCCCAGCCCAAUAUGUAUCAGCAUCAACAAGGUGGUAUGAGGCCAGCACGCCAACGGGCUUCAACCAUGGAGCAGCAACAGAGCGGUAUCCCCGCUGCCAUCCAACGAGUAGCUAGCCAUCUCGACCCCAGUCAGCCGAUUCGUUUACAGCCUAGCCCGGCGUACUACCCGCCCACUGGAGAAAGCAUGGCGUCUGGCAGCAUCGAUAACCGCACGGCAGCAGGCCGAAGAGGUAGCCGCGCCCAACAGGGUGGUCGAGGCAACAGGGACUUCAUCCGCAACUUGGAGGAGCGCACUCUGGAAGAAGGUUUUAUGGGAAACCAGAGCACCUGGCAUUGA